CAUGGAUUCGAUGCGACCCUAAAGAUUCCCGAGUUUGGAAGGAAGUACGCCUCACACAAGCCGGUGCGGAGCAAUCAGGUGUUUGCGUAUUUCAUGGUCGGGACGCUGGGGUUGAUCUCGGCAGCGGGGGCCAAGGCCACUUUGCAUGUAGAUUUUCUGGUCAACAUGUCCGCCUCGGCGGAUGUAUUGGCCCAGGCAAAAGUCGAAAUUGGACUUGGAGCGAUUCCCGAGGGGAAAAAUGUGAUUAUCAAAUGGCGUGGAAAGCCUGUUUUCAUUCGUCACCGGACACAAGAUGAAAUUGACGAAGCUCGCAAGAUAGACUGGAAGGACCUCCGUGAUCCCCAACCGGACGAAGACCGCGUACAAAAGCCGGAAUGGUUGGUCAUGCUUGGCGUGUGUACACAUCUUGGGUGUGUUCCAAUUGGUGAGGCAGGUGACUACGGAGGCUGGUUCUGUCCGUGCCAUGGAUCCCAUUAUGACAUCUCAGGACGGGCAAGGAGAGGCCCUGCGCCAUUGAAUCUGGAGGUCCCCCAGUAUAACUUUGCAACAGAGGAUAGUCUUGUCAUUGGUUAG